UAUCUUCCUCUUCCUGGACCCAGCUCUCCCCACCCCCUGCAGGAAGCAUCCCUCCUCCCUUUUAGGGAAGUGUUCUUCCCUAGCUGCUGCACUUUUCUCUCCCUUUGUGCAACCAAACGACCGAGCGGGUGGGAAGGAGCCGUUAUCCAUUUCCCUGCUAAAAUUUCGCCCAACUAAAUAGUUCCUUCGUAAAGGGUGGUGUAGUCUAGAAAUUUCGGGCAUUAGCCGAAAUCAUUGGAGGGGAUUACAUUCUCAUAUCAUUCUUGUCGCUUUUUGUGCUGCAAAAUCAUUGAGCAAACUUUUACAAUCAAGGGGAAUUCAUAAGCCAAUUUUACAAUUUGAGGUACCACUGGUAAUACCAUUUGCCGCUGAGGAUUGUUGCCUGUAUUGGUGAAAGGACGGAGAAACAAAGAAAACAAUGUUUCUCAAAGCGCAGCUGCCUUGGAAUGUCAUACUUUCCCCAGAAAGCCUAGAAAAAGGUGGUCUGAUGCUCCAACGGUCAAUAAUCAUCCGCCUUCUGGAUGACUUUGCUGUGAAAAAGGCAACUAAAGAUCUGGGGUACUAUCUUGCUGUGACCACACUGGAGAGGAUAGGAGAAGGAAAAGUGAGGCAGCAUACUGGGGAUGUGCUUUUUCCUGUUGUUUUUAGUGCUCUUACUUUCAAGAUCUGCAAGGGAGAGAUCUUGCAGGGUGUAGUCCACAAGGUUUUGAAGCACGGGGUUUUCUUGAGGUGCGGACCUGUUGAGAGUCUGUAUCUCUCAAAUGUGAAGAUGCCUGACUACCGCUAUGUCCCCGGUGAAAACCCUUACUUCUUGAAUGAUAAAAUGUCCAAGAUUGGAAAAGAUGUUGUGGUUCGCGUUGUUGUUAUUGGGACAAAGUGGCUGGAGGCACAGAGGGAAUUUCAGGCACUGGUCAGUUUGGAAGGGGAUUAUCUAGGGCCCGUUUCUUCUGAAAUUUAGCCAUGUGGACAAAACACAACACUACGUAAAAGGUUUCUUGGUUUUUGUUGUUAGGCUGUCCAAUCAAAACAUAACGUCUCCCCCCCCCCCGGGGGUAUGUAGUUAGUGCUUAGUUAUGCGGUGUUGAACCUUAAAAGAGCCCUCUUGUUAUGUCCAUAAUUUGUUAGCAAACAAUUGAAGACUAGAAGCUGAGCUUGCCCCUUGUUGUGUAUUUGUUGUCUAGAUUAGUACUGACCAGGUAGCGGGAUUGUCUUCUGUCUUGUCUAUAUGCACUGAUUAAGAAGCCUUUGAACCAUAAUUAUGGUCCGUACGUUCGUGUUGUUCCUCUUA